UUUGCAGGUGUCCGGCUGGCAGGUCUUGCUGAUAUGCUCAGGGUUCAACUGACGGCCAUAUUUGUAGUCGGGAAGGAAUUUUUCCCUAGCUCAGAUUGACAGAGACCCUGAUAGGUUUUUGCCUUCCUCUGCAGCAUGAGGCACGGUCACUUGCUGGUUUGAACUAGAGCAAAUGAUGGAUUCUCUGUAACUUGAAGUCUUUAAAUGAUUACUUGAGAACAUCAGUAACUAAGCCAGAGGUUAUGGAUCUAUUACGGGAGUGGGUGGUAAGGUUCUGUGUCUUAUGGUGUGCGGGAGGUCAGACUAGAUGAUCGCGAUGGAUGCUUCAGGCCUUAAUAUCUAAGUCUAAGGGCAUUUAGCAAGUCUGCAUCAGAGCUGAUAAAAUCCAGGUCUGUUGACUGUCAGUUUUGUGCUCUAAUUAGUAGAGACAUUUUUGGAAAACAAUGAACAGUGGAAAAGCAGAGAGAGAUUUUACAGAUUUUUCUUACUUGAGCAGGAAACUGAAAUUCAUUUGCAUUUUCAGCCAAAUCUCCCAGCAUGUGCUUCUUGAAGGGUAUAUAUAUGAAGCAAAGGAAGAUACCUCCUCUCUUAAGAAAAAGCUCCAUAAAAAUAAAGUACUUGCUGUCUUCUGAAAUUCCUGCUUUCCAUUUCACCAGGGUCUCACUUAGGGAAAUAAAGCUUUUCCUCUUUGGAUAGGGCCUAAGAGAGAAAGCACAAGUAUGACAAUGUGGCUGCCAGGUCUCAGUACAAAAAAGAAUUAGUAUCCAAGAGAAUUCUUCUGGCAGUGUGUCUAACUUUGCCUAGUUCUGUUGUGAGGAAAAUAGAAAUGUGAUGCACUGAAAGAGCAGAGUGCCUUUUUUUACACUGCAUACAAGGUUUUAGAGUAUUAUAAUAAUUUUUAAAAGCCGAUGGUAGAAUUCUCAGAUAAUUUACAGAUGUUACCCUUUUAAGGAUUAUGUUCCCAUGAAGAUUUAAAAUAUAUUAAUGUUGCAUUUUUAUUUAGCUUUCUUGAAUAUUAGUUUUGUGCAUCAUAAAAGUUACAGCAUACUAUAUUUGGAGCUCUGUGAUCUCACAAGUGAAUAAUAUGACUUCAUUAAAAUGUAGUAAGAGCUUUUCUCUUCUGUUGUGUCCUGCAUGUGAGGAUAUCAAAGCAUUAUACAAACAAUCAUUUAUUUUUGGAGCACCCUCUGAGGAAGUAGAUGGUAUUAGUAGGGAACUGGAGCACAGAGAAGCUACAGGUUUAAUAAAUUGUCCACUAAUUUUGUUUGCCUCAAUUUUUGGCACCCUACUUGAAACAUUUUAAAAGGGUCUGAUUUUGAGGUUCGGAUCACCCACAGCUCUUAAUGACUAGGUGCAGUGGUGGAUGCUAAGCAUUUUUGUCAGACAGGCCCCAAUUGUUUCCAGCUGGGCAGCCAAAAUUAGUGGCUGCUUUUGAAAAUUUGGGCCUGAGGAAUCAUUGUCAGACUUGGGAAUUCUGUAGAAUCAAGAACUCCUGAAUCUGUUCCUUGCUGUAACUACAGGAGAUGCUCCCUCAACUUAAAAGUGUAAGAAUCCAUGAUGAGGAUGAAUUUGUGCCCAGUAUAUGAGAGCGAGAAACAAAUUGGAGUAAGUCCAUGGGUAUCUUUAUUAAUGUUUUGUUCUCUUUCCUUGCAGGAGAACCAUGUCCAUGACAAGCUGGUACCUCAUAGUUUGCUUCAGAAAGACUUCGUGCCUUUCCUGUUGAAUUUUUUAAGGGAACAGACUAGUCAGAUCUUGACCAAUGGGCCCUCUACCCCUGCUAAAACCCCAAAUUCUAAGGUCCUCAGGAGCUCAGCUAGCCAUGAGAGCCAAAAGACAGGGUCAGAAAGAAGGGCAGGCAACUCAGCAGGGUCAUGCAGCAGCCGAAUGCAGCUCUUUUCGCAGAGGACCUCUGCUAGCUCCUGUACCCCAGGUGCUAGUUUUCACUCCUCUGCUGCAUCAAGUGGCUCUUCUGCCUUUACUGGGUCAAGCUUGUCUGGCCUCGGCAGUGAUUUCCCCAGCACCAGCCCAAGCUUUGGUUGCAGCCCUGUGUUCAACCACAGUGAGAAACGUUCAUCUCAGAAGGCCAAUUUGGGCAGCUUCCUUAUGCCCACACCAGAUGUCCAGCCAGUGAGGCGAGGCAGAAGAAAAGGCUACAAUUCUGCCAAUGCCGCUGGCCGGCAAGUAGCUCGGGACAUAGGGCGAAGCCUCACUGAAGAGGAGGAUGGGAAGGGUGACAGCACAUCGUUGAGUGGCGGGAGGAGGAAACGGAGUGAGGUGGGUCCUACCUCACCCAAUUCCCCACCUGAUCAGCUGAACCUCAACAACUUGGAGGAGUUCCCACCCAUGAGUGCUGCUUCUGGCUUGACAAACAAAAGCAAGCCAUCAAGACGAAUCAACCCAACUCCAGUGAGUGCUGAGCGCUCCCACUCAAAACCUAAGAUGUGUUUCACUUCCACGCCCGUCAGCCAGUCUCCAGCUGCUCGGUUUCCAUCUGGGACCAGUCUUGAGACCUUUGCUGCCAUCCAGGAAGGGAACGUUACCUCCAUAACUGGGAGCAGCCUUCAAGAGGAGAGGGAGAUGCUGAAGAAAGAACGAUGCAAGUUGCUGCACCAAACGUCUCCUGCAGGCCUGUCUCUGGAUCCCAGUACACCUACCAAGCCUAAUUACAGUUGGAGUGGAAGUCUUGCUACUGAUAGUCAGCUAGUGACCUGUGCAGAUCUCACUAAAGUUUCCUGCAAGAAACAGCUGGAACAGCUGGCUCAGCUCUAUUCAACUUGUAUAGCAGAAAAUCUGGUUCCAAAUAUUUUCCUGGAGCUCUUCUUUGUCCUGCAGCUGCUAACAUCCAAGGGCACAACUUCUUCGGAAGAUGGUGAGAAUGACCUGGAAUUCAAUCAAGGAUGUAAAGAUGCAGUAGAGCGGCAGCAUUUUCGAAAUGUACACAACUGUGUUUAUUUUGCUGUGCAGGUCUUGGAUUGUCAGUUUGAAAUUAUUUCUCGUUUAGAAAAGGGGACAUUGAAACUUUUGGCUGAGAAUGAGCGGAUUGCAUCCUUUUCCCCUGGCUUGCAUGCAAAGCUUAUGAAAGCUUAUGAAAGCAGCACAGCCAAGGUGUCCCUUCUGCUGCCUUCGUCUGUCCAGUCCGUUUCUUUCCAGCCAGAAACGGACAAUCGUUCUAACUUUCCAAGUGACAGGGCUUUUCAUAUAUUUAAGAAGCAAAGGGACAUCUUUUAUGAAUUGUUGCGCGAGUGGGAAGAUAACCAUGAAAAACCAGGCUGGGACUUUGAAAGAGUUCUGGGCAACAGGAUCAGGGCUAUGAUGAAUCACCUCACAGCAGCCUAUAAUCACAGCCACUUUGCCAGGCUCUUUCAGAAACAGCUUAUCCAGAUGUGUAAAGGUCCUAUUGGUGGUGGCACAAGUUGGGGAGAUACCCCAGACCAGGAUGUCCUUAAUAUGCUGGGUUCCGAUAAUCUGAGCCGGCUGAAGAGGCUACAGGAGAGAUUUGUCGUUCCUCAGAGCAUCAGAGGGCCCUGCCCACCCCCUGCCUUCCCAGGGUGCCAGCAGUUCUUCAGGGACUUCAUUCUCAGUGCAGGAAGCUACCAGUUCAACCAGCACCUGAUGGAUAGCCUGUGUCUAAAGAUACUCGAGCUGGAUGGCCUUACUUUGGUAGAGCAUGAACCUAGUGAUGGGGAGGCAGAUAUGGAUGAACAGGAUGAAAAAAAGCGUUUCACUGCGGCCCUGAUGACUCUCCGGCUCCUGGCAAAAUUUCUAGGAUUUCUUGUUUUCCUGCCAUACCAAACAGUGGAACCACCGAGCAGAGACUUGCAGGAGUCUGCAGUGGCAUUAAGGAACCAAACCCUGCCUGUACUGGAUGUAUUGAAGCUCCUGAGACGAUCUAUCUUGAACCGACGUACUAUCCUUACCGUUCCUUGGGUUGUAGAGUUCCUCUCCCUUGUGGACCAUUUUGCUCCAUUCCUUGACUACUACGGGAGGGUAUUUUCCCUCCUGCUGCAGCUGUACAGAUGCCUGGUUCUUUCUGAAGAUAAGGAGAUGAGUUUCCUAAACAAGCUACUGAUACUUGCAGUGCUGGGCUGGCUUUUUCAGGUUCCCUCAGUCCCAGAGGAGUUGUUCUUCACCAGUGAAGUCAAACAGGAGGGGUUGAUGAGGGACACUAUGACAUCUGCUCAGGCUUUGGAUUCUGUGCCUUUGGUGGAUCAGCAGUUACUUUAUACCUGCUGUCCCUUCCUUGGUGAACUACGGAAGCUGCUGGCUUCCUUUGUGGCUGGCAGUGGAGCAAAGAAUGGUGGCUUUAUAAGGAAAAUAACCCCAACUGCUGCAGAGUCCUUGGCACCUAAACCUUGUGUCACACAGCAGAAAUUGCAGGAGGAGCUGGAGCAGGCCUUCUUCCACAACCAGCCUCCAUCCCUGCGGAGAACAGUGGAAUUUGUGGCAGAGAGGGUGGGAUCCAACUGUGUUAAGCACAUCAAGGCAACGCUAGUAGCAGAGCUGGUCAAAAGGGCAGAGGUCAUGCUGCAGGAUAAGGUAAAGGAAGAGGAUGCUAAUCAUAGCAAACUGCUGGACGAGGUGUGUGCUCAGCUGUACGAGGAAGGGGCGCAGGCUCUCCACAAAGGCAGAGAAUUUUGCAGGUUGAAAGGGCCUGAGGCUGUGAGAGUGCUGCUGCCAGAAGAGACGUCAGCAGCAGUUUUGAACAGUGCAGAGGACAUUGCGGUGGGACUGGCUACUGAGAAGGCCUGCACCUGGCUGUCAACCAACAUUACAGCACUGAUCAAAAGAGAAGUGAGAACUACCUUUAAUCGGAUGUUGAGAGUCCAGGGGCCUUCCUUACCCAGUGAGGACGCACAGGGGGAGAGGAAAGGUUGUCCCCCCAACUGCCAGCACCAUGCUCCGUUCCCCUCUCAGAUCAUCAAUGAGAUCAAAGACGUGCUCUGUAUUGCUGUGGGACCCAGGGAUGAAGAUGAAGGAAUUCCCUAUGUCCAGCUGGAGUGCUUGCUGAAAAGACUGAGCCAAACGCUUCAGUGCAGAAAGUUCAUGUGUCCCACAUCGGAGCAGCAGCUGGCUAGGUGCACUGUAGAGUUGGCAUCUCUCCUAGUUUCAGAUCGUGUUCCUAUCCAGGGCCUUAAGCCUCAGACCCAGAAGAAACCUGAAAGACAACGAGGGAAGAAGAAUGCUAUCUACGGCCUUCUGAAAUCGCUGCUGUUGGUUUGGAAGGAAGACUUUUGGACACCUGUUCCUGUUCAGCUGAUGUUCAGCAGGAAGAAUGUCGGCUACAUCGCAGAAGUCGAGCGACAUGAGUGGGAUUUCUUCCUGUUUAUGCUUCGUGGUCUUGUUGACCAUGAUCUGAUGGGAAAUGCAGAGAUAGAGAGCUGCUUGCAUAGCCUCCAAGAACUUCUCUGGUCCUCAGAUUUCUUGGAAGAAUUGGAAACUAUCUCUAGAAUAUUUAUAUCCGAGUAUCAUGUUGCAGAACCCAGGACUAGGCCUUGUGAAUUGGUGAGACAACCAAGAGGUACUGUGGCAGCACAAAGCUAGUGCAGAUAAUCUCUGUAUGGAUUAAGGAACUGAGGCAAACUCGACAUGUGGCAUUCAAUAAUGCUGCUGAGUCCAUGCAGUAAGCCCCGUGCUUGGAUCACAAUGCAUUGAAAGGUUACUUGUGCAAAAACUGCAUCAAACUUUCCCUCGAAGGAGGGUCACUAGGUGUGACAGGAACGCACAUCCCUCAAAGGAUUUGGAGGGGUUUACAUCUGCAAAUGGAAAAGCUUCUAAGAGUUGCUCUCUAAGUUUGGAACUUUUAAGAACCUGACCGUGGUUCACAGCUGAUGAUCUACACUUGUAGUGGAAACACAUCUCGUACUCCUGCAGCAAGAGGCUCUGACCAGAGUCUGGAAUCCGUUCUCAUGCACAAAAUCUGCUACGUUGCUGGAGGGAUUUCUGGUGGUUUCCCAAGGUGCCAUCUCUUAUCUUAACUUAGUGUGAUUUCUUAUAGACUCUCUUAGAAAAUACACUGUGCCACCAGGAGAGGGAAUAAGUCAAACUAUAGCCCAAGGAGAUGAACGGAUAUUUAUUUUUCAACAUGAGCUCAAGCUUGAAGGAAUUUAUGUAAAACUGUGUUCCUAUACAGUUUUAGAAGCUCUUAUGAGGAGGCGCCAAGCCCUAUGAAGAAGUUUGAAGUGCAUCCGGUAUUUGCAGGAAGACAGGCACAGCCUAAUUGUGUCUGACUGGCCUGGCCUAGAAAAGAAAUAAUCAGUUGCUGCAGGUACUCUCGGCGUCUGCUGGGGAGAUCCAGAUCCCGCUGGUUUGUGUCCAACAUCUGCAACAGGCUCAGAUGCUUUUGUGGACUGAGACUGCGGGUUCUCCUAAAGCUCUGCAGCCUUUCCUCCCUCUGCUUUCUCAGGGCUUCGAUUGUCUUCAUGUGCCUAUUAAAGGGUCCAAGAUCAGAGUUACAAGUAACUCAUCAACAGAAUCCUACUCCAAUGGCUCACAAUGCAGAGAUUGGUGCGUGUGAUUCUCAUAGCUGCUAAUGAUUUUGGUUCACUUAGUAGAAGGAGGACGCUAGACCUGAAUAAUCUGUAGCUUGUACUUCUUCCCAUUUCCAUUAUUACAGCAAAAGCCUUGUUCUUAAUUAUCAUUUACUAUGGAGAAUGAGGAUUUGUAAAAGUAGAUGACAACCGGUCAGUCAAAGAAAUGUCUUGCAAUGAGUCAUCAAGCUGCCUAAAUUUCAGAGAUUUGGAGUCUUCUGGCAAAUUAGAGGUUUCAAAGGUACUAAGAUUGUUGGAACUUUGAAAUGUUGUAUAAGCUGGAACAUCUUCCACAGUGCAUAAGGUAAGAGAUUUUGUUUCCUUAUUGCUAAUUUGUUCAAGACUUUGAUAUGUAAGCAAGCUCUUCUCUGGUAGUUUCAUGCCAGAACUACCAAUAUAGUCUUCUGGGUAUAAACACAAUAUUUUUUCUUUUACACCAUGGCAAAUCUGGAAAGAAUCUUGACUUUGUUCUUGCUUUUGAUCUACUCCAAUGACCUCUUUAGUGAUUUCAUCAUGCUGUGUGUUUCUUCUCUCUCUCUUUCCAACUACAGAACAAAUUUUGCUUUCAUCAUCUUUCUGAUUUACAGAGAGAUCAUCAGAAACAAGUAUAGGCACAUCCAAAUCUAAUGAUUCACUUUCAAAGUAUUUUGUUUUUCCAAAACAAACAGCAUCAAUUUUACAUUUGUCUUCUCUGUUGUCUACCAACACAUUUGCAAGUGUAGCAGGGCUAUUCUUCAGCAGACCACCAGAAUAUUUAGAAACACAAGAAUUCAUAUUAUAUCUUGCAGAGUGUUCGUCAUAAUGAGCAUUUUUCCACAAGGGUUGAUUAAUACUUUCUAAAAAGGUCUCAGAAGCAACUGCAGAGUUGUCUGGAUAUCCCACACAAAGAUCUCUAGAAGCCCUGUAUGCCUGAAUCUCACUGGGUUCAGUUUGAUAACCAAAUACAUCAGGAAUCCUUUCACUAUUACUUCUAUAGUCUGUUUUAAUAUAGUCUGCAGCUGAACAUUUCUCUGUCUGAUUGCAUUGUGCUAAUUCUUUCUGACUUAUAUUAAUAUUUUGAAAAGCUUUCUGAGAACAGACCGCUGGUAGUGAUUGCUUUCUUUUCUCUUUCAUAGCAUUAUCAUUCAACAUUGAAGAGGAAAGCAGAUUUUCAUUAUCUGAAGUCUGUGGACCAGACACAGCCAUUGAUGCAGCCAUACUUCCUUCUUGAACUAUAUCAUCUAAGGAAUUAAAACGAACUUUUGAUUUUCCUCCCACACUUAAGCCUGUACUGUGCUCUGUGUCAGAAUUGCUCACAUUUUGAAUUAUAUCUUCAGGAGAAUCUAACCUUCCUAGGGAAACUGAAUUAUUUUUUGUGCCUUGACUAGGUGUAACAAUUAUGGAUUCAUGACACCUUGCAAUAGAGGAAGUUGAAUUUAUGUCAUCCUUAUCAGGAAAUUGCUCAGAUACUGCAUAAUUAGAUGUGUUGUUUAAUACAAAGUGUCCUUCCCUCUGCUUGUUCUGCAUGAUCAUGCUUUGCAGAAAAUCACAGUCUUUAUUUUGCAUUUUAUCAGAAAAUGAUUCAUCUCGUCUCUCUUUGUUAAGCGUACUGGGUGCUCCAACAUGCACAUCGUUCUCCAUUAAUGUUUCAUAAUAAGGAAGAACAACUCCCGUACCU